AUGAGUGAGGCUGAUAAAAUUGAAGCUAAAGAAUUUGAACUUCCUCAAAAUUAUGUAAAACCAGCUCAGAAAUCUCUUAAUGAGAUUCUAUCUACUGAUACAGAUGAUGAGAGUCUUGUUAAAUAUAAAGAAAAACUACUUGGAAGUAAUGCUGAGAAUCUAGUUAUUGAUCCAUCUAUCCAAUCUAAUUGUAUACUUAAGAGCAUCGCUUUAGAAAUUGAUAAUGAGAUAACAAAUAAAGUUGAGUUUGUCAAAUCACAGCCACCUCCAGGUUUAAGUAUUUCUAUCAAAGAAGGUGUCAAUUAUAGAAUUGUUUUUGAAUUCUAUGUUCAAAGAGAAAUUAUUACUGGAUUAAAAUAUUGUCAAAAGACUUCACGUCAUGGUCUUCCAGUUGACAAGGAAUCUAUUAUGUUAGGAUCAUAUGCACCAAAAUCAGAAUAUUACACAUACAAGACAACUGUCUGUGAAGCUCCAAAAGGCAUGCUUCAUCGUGGAAAGUAUAAGGUUAAAAGUUUACUUACAGAUGAUGAUGAAGAUCACCUUUGUGAAUGGGGAUGGCAGAUUGAAAUUACAAAGUGA